AAAUAGUACAUCCCUAGCACAUGAUAGCACAUCGAAUCUGAGUUUACAUAUCUUUCUCAUAACCUUCCUCAAUCUUAGUUUUCUUUUAAUUUCUAGCUGUUUCUAGCUUAAUAAAUCAGUAAAUAAUCUGAAUAUUGCAGAAUACAUCAGUUUAAGUUUCUAAAUGUUAUUUUUGAUAAUAUGAGAAUUAACUAUGAUAAAUUUUGUUGAAAGAAAAGUUUGUACAUAACCUGUGAAAAAGUUUCUUCAUUCAUCAUGCUAUAUUAAGUAUUCUAUGAUAUGAGAAUUCCACGUUUUGUCUGUAAUGUCUUUAUAGGCAUCCCAAUUGGGAUUGCUUUUUGUGAUAUAGUCGGAUAUGUCGCAAGAGUAGAAGGAAUCUCUAUGCAACCUGCAUUAAAUCCGGAUUUACGAUAUCCUGAUUAUGUAUUCUUAAAUCGUUGGGCAGUUCGGAAUCAAGAUAUAAAACGUGGUGACAUAGUGUGUAUCAUAUCCCCCAAGGUGCCAAAUCAAACACUUAUCAAAAGAGUUAUAGGACUUGCUGGAGAUACUGUGGGCACGCAUGGAUAUAAGAUCAGUGCUCUUCAAGUACCACAAGGACAUUGUUGGUUGGAAGGAGACCACGUCGGACAUUCUAUGGACUCUAAUACAUUUGGACCAGUAUCUCUAGGUCUAGUAACAGCCAAAGCUACCUAUAUAGUUUGGCCACCAAAUCGCUGGCAACAGUUACGUACAAAAUUCAAUCAUGAGGGCUGUUAGCUUUGUAAAGAGAUUGCAGUGGGAAUUACCUGGUACUGUAUGCAGGCACGGCUUAACAAUAGGAGAUGUUGAUAAUGAUGGCGACAAUGAAUUGGUUGUUGGUACUGCUGAAGGAGAACUUUAUAUUUUUA